AUGGGGCAAGAACCACUGAUGGAUGUUGCUGAGCGUUACUUGGAAGAAUUAGCAAAAAGAUGUAUGGUUGAGAUUGAAGCACAUGACGAGAGAAAGCAUGCAGUAACAAGGUUGAAGUCAUGUCGGCUUCAUGAUCUUGUGAGAGAUCUAUGCUUGGUCAAAGCAAAAGAGGAGAAUUUGUAUAAGAUGGUCGAUAAAAGAACUUCACGAGAUUUUUCUCCUGCAAUUGAUGCACAUUAUGGUUUGGUUUUUCGUUUGGAUGUAAAGGAUAUCUCUGAACCCAACUUUCCACCAAAAGAACAAACUAAACAUCUUCGCUCAUUCUUGUGUGAUCUAUUGCAAGACAAUUGGGAGAUUUUUCAGGGGGGUUUGGAUGUUCUUUCACGGGUGUUGUUUAGUAGGAAUAUUCAUGAAUUAGAAAUUGACCGUAGUUUAUGCAAGAAGUUACCGGAUUAUCAAUCCCAUAUAUUUCCUGACCCUGCAGGACUUACUCAAUUAAAGCUGCAUACUAAUAAUAUUGAGGAAGACCCAAUGGGAACACUCGAGAAGCUUCCUAACCUAAGAAUACCGGAACUUGGGCCAAAUUCAUUUCUAGGCCAAGAAAUGACCUGCCACUCAAUUGGAUUUCCCCAACUACAACAUCUCGUGCUUAAUUUUUUGGGCAACUUGAAGCAGUGGAAAGUGGAUGAUGGGGCCAUGCCUAAACUCUCAAGUUUACGGAUUGAGUACUGUACAAAGUUGGAAAUGAUUCCAGAUGGGUUGAGAUGUUUAACCAAUCUAAAAGAGAUAUCUCUUUUGGAAAUGCCGGAAAAAUUCAACAAUAGAGUUAGGAUAGAGAAUGGUCAACAAGGAAAAGAUUAUGAUAAAAUAAGCCAUGUGCCUUUAGUUAAUAUCCGCAGGGGUUUGGAUGUUCUUUCACGGGUGUUGUUUAGUAGGAAUAUUUAUGAAUUAGAAAUUGACCGUAGUUUAUGCAAGAAUUUACCGGAUUACCAAUCCAAUAUAUUUCCUGACCCUGCAGGACUUGCUCAAUUAAAGUUGCAUACUACUAAUAUUGAGGAAGACCCAAUGGGAACACUUGAGAAGCUUCCUAAUCUAAGAAUACUGGAACUUAGGCCAAAUUCAUUUCUGGGCGAAGAAAUGACCUGCCACUCAAUUGGAUUUCCCCAACUACAACAUCUCGUGCUUAAUUUUUUGGGCAACUUGAAACAGUGGAAAGUGGAUAAUGGGGCCAUGCCUAAACUCUCAAGUUUACGGAUUGAGUACUGUACAAAGUUGGAAAUGAUUCCAGAUGGGUUGAGAUGUUUAACCAAUCUAAAAGAGAUAUCUCUUUUGGAAAUGCCGGAAAAAUUCAACAAUAGAGUUAGGAUAGAGAAUAGUCAACAAGGAAAAGAUUAUGAUAAAAUAAGCCAUGUGCCUUUAGUUAAUAUCCGCAGAACCAGCAGGGAUGUCAAAACUGUAUGGGCAUUGAGCUAUUUCGUUCCAGAUAGAAGGGUUGUUUUUUAUGAGACCAAAAGUUUUGAUGCGAUGGCUCAAAGGAUUGCGCACGAAAAAAGGUUGUUGGUUGACUUCAGAAGGAUUCAUCUCUUCGAGAUUGAUGAUGAUGAGGAUUAUUGA